AGAAUCAGAGUCCCACAGCUGCAGUGAACUCACUUCGAGUCCUGCAGCGGCUCCUAGCCUUUGUCAGCCGACGAGAUGAGAUCCUCGUGCGCGAUGUCCUGGAGCUUCACCUUCCUCGCGGCCACCGCCGUCUUCAUGCCAGCCACGAAUCGCAUGACCUUCGCACACGCGGCAGACGGUGGUGGAAGCAUGCUAGGUGACGUCAACAUAUCGGCAAUCCUAGACUCCUUUUCAGUCAGCUACGAUAAAAGAGUAAGGCCGAACUACGGAGGUCCUCCCGUCGAGGUGGGCGUCACCAUGUACGUCUUGAGUAUCAGCUCCUUAUCAGAAGUCAAAAUGGACUUCACCCUGGAUUUUUACUUUCGACAAUUUUGGACGGAUCCUCGGCUGGCAUUCAAGAAGCGACCUGGCGUCGAGAUACUCAGCGUUGGCUCGGAGUUCAUCAAGAACAUCUGGGUGCCGGACACGUUCUUCGUCAACGAGAAGCAAUCGUACUUCCACGUCGCCACCACGAGCAACGAGUUCAUUCGCAUACAUCAUAGCGGCAGUAUAACGCGAAGUAUACGAUUAACAAUCACAGCAUCAUGUCCGAUGAAUCUUCAAUAUUUCCCUAUGGAUCGACAAUUAUGUAAUAUCGAAAUCGAGAGUUUCGGCUACACCAUGAGAGACAUCCGCUACAAAUGGAACGAGGGCCUGACCAGCGUCGGCGUAAGCAACGACGUCAGUCUCCCGCAAUUCAAGGUCCUUGGCCAUCGGCAGCGUGCCAUGGAGAUUAGUCUGACCACUGGUAAUUAUUCGCGCUUGGCCUGUGAGAUCCAGUUCGUACGCUCGAUGGGCUACUACCUGAUUCAAAUCUACAUUCCAUCGGGCCUGAUCGUCAUAAUCUCGUGGGUGAGCUUUUGGCUAAACCGAAAUGCAACCCCCGCUCGGGUCGCCCUCGGAGUAACCACUGUGCUCACCAUGACGACCCUUAUGUCCUCGACUAAUGCCGCGCUUCCCAAGAUCUCGUAUGUAAAGUCCAUCGACGUAUACCUGGGCACCUGUUUCGUCAUGGUCUUUGCUUCACUGCUUGAAUAUGCAACGGUGGGUUACAUGGCAAAAAGAAUCCAAAUGAGAAAAAACCGCUUCGCAAAAAUAGCGGAGAGCAUGAAAGCGGCGAGGGAGAAUCCGGGACCACCAGGUGUACCCGGCGAUCAUGGAGAUCACGCGCCAAAGCAAACCUGGUCCCGUGUUGUCCAGGAGGUGCGUUUCAAGGUCCACGACCCCAAGGCACAUAGCAAAGGCGGUACCCUGGAAAACACUAUAAACGGUCGAGCGGAUGAAGAAGCGCCUCCGGCACCUCAACAUCUCAUCCAUCCCGGCAAAGAUAUAAGCAAACUGUAUGCUCAAGAGGAUGCCCAUUCUGCACUUCAGUCUUUUCCAAAGCCAACAAAACAUACUAUACUGGGUAUAACACCAUCGGAUAUCGACAAGUACUCUCGCAUCGUCUUUCCGGUCUGCUUCGUUUGCUUCAACCUCAUGUACUGGAUCAUUUAUUUGCACAUUAGCGACGUUGUUGCUGACGAUCUCGUACUGCUCGAGGAGGCUAAAUAAGGAGUUAAGAAGGCGUUUCAGCGACGACUUGCACGACGUCGGCCGCGCCAAUCGUAUGAACGCGACUCAAGAAAAGAGAUUGCUUUUACUUCGGGAGGCCAAAACAGCCAAAUUUGGAGAAACAGAGAGGAAAGGGCGACGACUGAAGCGGUGCGAUGAAUGUGAAAGAGGUACAAGAGAAACCGUCGAUAACGCGACUUUUGUCGAGCGAGGAAUAUAUCCGCCGACUUUUUCCAUCAUCGCCCACGGCUGAGGAACGAGGAGGAAAAAAAAUGCCCGAGAGCCCGCAUCAAAGACUGAAAAGUGCAUCGAGGCGGUGAAAAUGACAAAGCACACGGAAAACAGAGCUCCGCCUAUUUCAAGAAAUAAAAAUGAAGACAAAGAUGAGAGGAGAAAAUAUGAAGAUGAAGAUGGUUUACCGAUGAAGCAAAAUCCAAAU